UGUCACUAAUCUCCCCUUUACUGAGAACAGACUGGGUUCUUUUUUGUUUUUAAUUCUUCCAGUCUUGAAGGGAGCUCCCUCUAAGGAGAUACAAAUCGUGUUUCAAAGUUGUUUGAAGUAGUGCUUUUGUGUUUCAUGCAGCAACUGGAAAGAAUUCAGGUCCAUUUCAGUUUUCAAGGAAUGCUGCGUACUUUAAAUUCGUUUUAUAAACUGUCUGCAUUGUUCCAAAAUCACUUGUCCUCGUAUACCAAUAUUCUUUCCUUUUAGUAAACAUUUAAAAUAUUCUCUCAUCUGUGAAGAAGUACAUUCGUGUGUGUGUGUGUGUGUGUGUGUGUGUACCUCUUAAGUAAGUGAUAGUGUUCUUUUCCAUGAAGUGAUGAGUAGUAUACAGAGAGACACAUGGAUUUAUUUUUUGCACUUGCUUAGUUCUACAUUUGAUUCUCCUUCAUCAUGCAGCAAGUACACUCUAGCCAUCUUUGUGGUCCAUGAACUAACACUUGAACUGAGUUAAAAAAAAUCUUACUAUUUUAUUAUCUGGGUUUUUUAUGGUUAUUGAAUGCUAAAAGCACAGCUAGCUUAGUCACAGUUUUCUGUUGGUGGCAUUUGAGUUUGUUAGUGUCAGUUUGAAGAGAGCCAAAAAUUAAAAUUUUAUGAUAUAUUUUGUGGAAAUUGGGAAUGGCUAUUCCAGUAAUACAGAACUCUGUCUCAUUUUUAAAAUCCCAUAACUCGUUUCCUACCAAUCUUAGUGACUGCUCAAUAUAUUGGUAUCUAAAAGAGCACCAUGUAGAUGGCAUACAGUUGGAUUAGGUUUUUCUUUGCAAUUAGACUAAUCUGUGUUUAGAAACCUUUCACCUACUGCACAUACACGUGUUUUUAAUUGUAUAUUAUUGCUUUUCAAAGUAAGCUCAUUUCAAGUUGGUUUAAAAUGACUACACUGUUCUGCAUUGAUGGGAAAGUUGCAUUUCCUGAUACAAACAAAAAUAGGUUGGUGGCAAAUAAACUGAAAAGAACAUUUUUAAAGUCACUGCUAUGGUGAAAUGCACAAGCCCCCCGGUUAAGUUGCCUUUACCAAAGCAAGUUAAAAUCCUGUUUCCUAGUGUGAGUUAGUAGUUCAGUUAAGAGCACUGAUUGAGUUCAAGACCUAGUACCCACACGGCAGCCCUUGAAUCAGAAGGCAUGCUGGAGCUGCAAGGUGCCAAGAACAGAAAAGAGUGGGAGAUACACAUGCAAAUAACACAUAACAAGCAAUCGGAAUAGAAAUAGUGAAAUAGCAAAACCACAAAAAAACAAAACAAAAACAGUAGCCUAUGAACUUGGGCAGCUCAUGAACAGGUAACACUCCGUGGAAUCUACAGUAUCUUCACUACCCACCAGAAGAGUGUGUGUCACUACAUUCAGUCUCAUUUUAAAAUCAGGGCAACUUCUGCUCAGAAUGAAAAAGGAGUAAAAUUCCAGCCCUAGGUGACAUGUAACAGUCCCAUGAUCCACCCGCUUACUCUCUGGUGCUGAUGGCCUGCAAGCACCUGGAACAGCCGCCAAGGACUUGUAGGCAGGUGUCCCGCAUUUGGGGAGAUGCAGGCUGCUGUCCUACGUUUGGAGAGGUGGAGAUGGGUGUCCCGCGUUCCGGGGGAUGUAGGCGGGUGUCUCGCGUCCGGGGUGGAUUCAGGCGGAAGUCCCGCAUGGGUUAGGCUGCGGGUCCUAGGCUGUCUCAGUAGCCUUGGCUGAUGGGUGGCCAACAGUGCCGUCUAGACAAUCGGGCCGCUGGGUGUAGCCCAGGUCACUCGGUUCCGCCCUGGUGCUCCAGGCCAAGGUGUCGCGGCUGCUCCCGGGCGCCCCCUGGCCCGGCUUGGGCGCCCGAGGUUUCCGGUGUACGGCCGCCGGCGGUGACGCCUUGCUGCUCGGGAGCAGCCGCCGCUUCUCCACAAACCAGCUGCAGGUGGGCCCGCGCCGUUCUCGCCUGCUCCCCACCCGCGUCUGCACCCCCGUGGGCUCACAGCCGGAUGCUGGGGCCUCGAUCCGGGUCCGCGGCCUUCAGCUCGUCCCCCGGAGCCUGCUGGUGGCCGCGGGCAAGGGCGAUGCCUGGCCAGGCCUGUCCUGUUGCCCAGAUCCCCAAGCUGGGGCGGAGUCACUCUCCAGAUCGUCUCCGCACACCUGGAUUCCGAGCGCUUGCCAGGACAGCAGCCCGGGCUAGGGCUGGCUGCUGCGGGGCACGAGAGACUGACCCCUCCACACCAGGGAGGAGGUGACUUUCCGAAGACAGCCGGGGGGAUAGCCACCUCGGCGCCUCAGGCAGCCAAGCCCUGUUUGAGCACUCUGCUCACCUGCCUUGGGGACUUUUUGAGUCCACUGCCAGCUCUGUUGCAGAGCACUGCCCAAAGCCACUCACGUGGUCGUCCCUGGUGACCCCAGGUCUCAUCUUUCCCGGCGUUCAGAUUUUUACCUUUUUCCUCCUCCUCCUCUUUUAGGCCUGUGGAAAUCCAAUCAAGCCAUACACGGGUGGAGCGUGCUUGGCCGUUUUGUGCAGAAGGACGCAGUAGCCUAACCUACUAAAGCUUCCAUUUGCUGGAACCUGGGCAUCCACCCAUCCCUGCCAAGUCUUGGGAGAAGACUCAACUCCAGGAAGGCUUUCUGCCAGGGCCUGAGGUUGUACUUUCAUGCCCCACAGCCACCAUCACCCAGCAUAUGCAAGUGGGUUUUAAGUUAUCCAGGACAUCAACAGCUUCUGGGUGAUUCCAAGGAUUAAAGAGUCUGCAGGUUGCUAUGUUAAUGCUGCUUGUCUUUGGAGUAUUGCUUCAUGAAGUCCCACUGAGUGGCCAAGAUGAGGCUCAUUCUGAGGCUGACAGUGUGCCAGGCAAAGCCCUGUAUGACUACUCCAGCCUCCGCCUCCCAGAGAAACACAUUCCCUUCUUCUUGCACAAUAACAGGCAUAUUGCCUCUGUCUGCAAAGAGGAUUCCCAUUGUCCAUAUAAGAAACAUCUAGAAAAUCUAAACUACUGCUGGGGUUAUGAGAAAUCCUGCAAACCAGAGUUUAGAUUUGGUUACCCUGUUUGCAGCUAUGUCGACAUGGGAUGGACAGACACUCUGGAGUCGGCUGUGGACAUGUUCUGGAAGCAAGCUGACUUUGGAUAUGCCCGGGAGCGGCUGGAGGAGAUACAUGUGCUCUGUCAGCCAGAGAGAACUAGUGACUCAAGUCUGCUUUGUUCCCGGUACCUUCAGUAUUGCAGAGCUACUGGUCUGUACCUGGACUUAAGAAACAUCAAGAGAAACCAUGACAGAUUCAAGGAAGAUUUUCUUCAGGGUGGUGAAGUUGGUGGACACUGUAGACUGGACAGUCAUGCGUUGAUGUCGGAAGGGCAGCGCAAAAGCCCCCUGCAGUCUUGGUUUGCUGAACUGCAAGGCUACACUCAGCUCAAUUUCAGGCCUAUAGAAGAUGCUAAAUGUGACAUCGUUGUUGAAAAACCAACAUAUUUCAUGAAACUGGAUGCAGGUGUUAACAUGUAUCACCACUUCUGUGAUUUCCUCAAUCUCUACAUCACCCAGCACGUUAACAAUUCCUUCAGUACAGACGUGUACAUCGUAAUGUGGGACACCAGCUCUUAUGGAUAUGGUGACCUGUUCUCCGAUACCUGGAAAGCAUUUACUGAUUAUGACGUCAUACAUUUGAAAGCCUAUGAUUCCAAAAAGGUGUGCUUUAAAGAAGCCGUGUUCUCGUUGCUGCCCCGCAUGCGGUACGGGCUGUUCUAUAACACGCCUCUGAUCUCUGGCUGUCAGAAUACUGGGUUAUUCAGGGCCUUCUCCGAGCAUGUGCUGCAUAGGCUGAACAUCACUCAGGAGGGACCCAAGGAUGGGAAAGUUCGAGUUACCGUUCUUGCACGCAGCACAGAAUACCGGAAAAUACUGAACCAAAAUGAGCUGGUAAAUGCACUGAAAACAGUAUCCACAUUUGAAGUCCAGAUUGUUGAUUACAAAUACAGAGAACUUGCGUUUUUAGAUCAGCUGAGGAUCACACACAACACGGACAUAUUUAUUGGCAUGCACGGAGCUGGCCUUACCCACUUACUUUUCCUUCCAGACUGGGCUGCUGUAUUCGAGCUGUACAACUGUGAAGAUGAGCGCUGUUAUUUAGACCUGGCCAGGCUCAGAGGCGUCCACUACAUCACCUGGCGGAAGCCCAGCAAAGUGUUUCCUCAAGACAAGGGACACCAUCCAACUCUGGGUGAACACCCCAAGUUUACCAACUACUCUUUUGAUGUAGAAGAAUUCAUGUACCUUGUCCUUCAGGCGGCAGAGCAUGUACUGCGACAUCCACAGUGGCCAUUUAAGAAGAAACAUGAUGAACUGUAGAAAUGUUGUUUGUUUACAAGAAGAGAGCGUUUAAACACUCUCACAUCCAGACUCACAGUCAAAGGAGCAAAACAGCCUGCCAUAGCCUCCUGUAAGAUGAACUAUGACUUUUGACUUUCGAAUAUAGCUCAGGCUGGCCUUGAACUAACGAUCCUCCGAGCUUCCUGAGUGCUCAGAUUACAGGUGUAUACCACCGUGCCUGUCUACAAAAUUACUUUUUCUAUAUGAAAACAUACGUUCAGGAUAUUUUGUCUUUAAGUCUUCCAUGUGUUUAUUGUGUCGUUGCUAUUUGCCGAUAGCAAUAGUAUUUUUGCACUGAAAAAAGUUACUUUUAUAGUUCAAAGUUGGGCCGGUGCCCAUUGGUGUAACAGAGCUUUCCUGUCGGGAUACCAAAGUUGUCAACUUAAGCAGCUUUAGAAUUUAUAAGUGUGUUUGUUGACUGUAAUAUGAUUGUAAUUCCAGAGUGUUCCACCUUGUUGUUUAUGUACUUGGAUGAACUCAAAACUGAUUUUGUAUUUGCCAUUGUCUGUUUAUAAUUAUGGUUCUAGGGCCUGGGGACAUGGCUUAGUUUAGAAUGCUGGCCUUGCAUGUAUGGGGCCCUGGGUUCAAUCCCUAGCAACACACAUGCUCAACACACAUGCACAUCCACACACCAGCAUAAGUCUGUGAUUCUCAGGACCAAGCUAUAAGACUGUGUUAUAGAUCAGUGUUUAGUCAGCUCCAGGUUAUGUGCACCAAGACCCUGAAUAAAUCAAGCUGUUGUAUUAAUUUGUGUUCACAUAUCUCAUUCCAAUCAUGUUCUCCCCAAAUGUAAUGGCAGUGUUAAGAACCCAUCAGACCAUUCUACAGUACCAUCUCUGCAGACCCAACAGCCAUGAGAACAUUUAUGUUGACUUGACAUGAAGUGGUAGUUAACAUCAGGCAGGCAUUUAUAAGCACAUACAGCUGUGUGCACCUACCUCUGGCAGGGGGAAAGUAACCCUAAUAUUUGUAAAAACUUCAAGGUGGCUACACGAAGAGACUCUUUGCCUAUUAAAGAAAAAAGUAAGGCCAUUGAAAAAAUAGUAAAGCUGUGAAUUACCCAAUCAGAAUGAAAAACCCUAAGAAAGUGGCCCUGAGUAAAUGGGAUGGCUGAAGAGCAGGCUUUUCCUUGAAUGGCUUCAUGUCUCCCUGUUGGUGAGCAUCCAGCUCGGCAGUCAGAAACCAUGGGUUUGCUCUACUGUACAGUGUGACGUUUGCAUCUUACUAACAUUUGAGUCACCUCACGUAGACGCUACUUUUAGUUUUUACAGUGGAUUAAACAAAUUGCCCCCCAAAGGAUUUUAUUUUUAAAUUUUAGAGAAGUGACCCUCCCCCCCAAAAAAACCCCCAAAUGUUGGUAACUGCACCUCCUCAGAAGUUUGCUGACUUUUGCUUUCAGGGCUUGGUAACAGAGUUGUACACUGUAUUUAUUAACAUAUCGUUAGAGAAAAUAGUGGCGUGUGACAGGCAAGACUUCUGAUGGGUUUUAAGAUUGUUUGGAAAGAAUUGUAACAUUAGGAACUGUUAGGUGACGGGUGGCUCUUGUUCUCUGUGCAGAGUCCUAGGUGAGCAGCAGGCAUGGGGGGUGUUCUGUAGGAAAGGGGUGGGAGGAGCAUGUUGCCCAAGCCAUCAAGGAUAAACAUCUGAAGACUGCCUCCGGAAAGCCGUUUCAUCCUCUUACCUCAUUUCAAGCAGCACAGGACCUAAGCUUCCACAGACUACCUGGGACUUCAGCGACCGAGAACAGUUUCAUAGUAAAACAUAUCUGAAGAUUUUGCAUUUAGACAGAAUAUACUUUAUAUAAAUAAGAAAGUCAUUUAAUUAAUUAGUUAUGGGACUUCUAUCAAAUUUUUUUUUUGUGGGAGCAGAAGGUCUUCAAAUUGUUGUAAAAUUUAAAAUGUAGACAUAGCUCUUUUUAUUAAGUCUGUAAGGAGUUGCCUGGCUUUGGAAUAAAGCUUUCUAUAUUUCAUUUAAAUAUC